ACAAUUGGUCACGUGUCUUUGUUUACCAGGAAGUGCCUGUUCAGGUUCUCGCAACAACCGCGUAAAAUACAAAAAAUAAAACCUUUUUUUUUUACCCUUUCACAGAAAUAAUUGAAUUGAAUGGUGAUUUUUUUAUAUAAUAAUGUGCACUAUGGUGUCAUUUUUUAUCUUAUUUUUGUAAUCUAGCCAUCACUGCUUAAAUGCACCUCGUUUUCACGUUUUAUAUUGUUGCAUUGAGGCAUCGGCUGAAAUGAAAUGAGAUCCCUAAACUACGUUCAAAGAGUUAGUUUGGAUUUUACAGGGACCCUUUUCCCUCACGCCAUAUGCCUCGGGGAUGCAGACAACGACUCGUUAAAUGAGCUGAUUGUUGGAGACACAAGUGGCAAACUGCAUGUUUACAAGUAUGAUGACUCCAAACCUUUUAUCACAAGAAACUGUGUGGGCAUGCUCACAUGUGUUGCAAUUGGAGAUGUAUGUAACAAGGGUAAGAACUUUGUUGUGGCUGUGGGUGCAGAGGGCUGGUUCCACCUCUUUGACCUGACAGCAACUUGCAAAGCAGAUGCAACAAGUCAACAUGAAUCACUUUCUUCUGAUGACCAAAGGCCCCUGUUCACGCAACACAUCCCUGCCAACACCAAAGUUAUCCUCAUUAGUGACAUAGAUGGUGAUGGUCGAUGUGAGUUGGUUGUAGGAUACACAGACAGAGUGGUGCGAGCUUUUCGAUGGGAGGAACCCUCUGAUGCUUCAGAUAUAGGGAAUGGACAGCUUGUUCUUCUUAAAAAAUGGCUUCUGGAAGGGCAGGUGGAUAGUCUGUCGGUAAACCCUGGUCCAGAGGGCUUACCAGAGCUCAUGGUCUCUCAGCCGGGGUGUGGUUAUGCUAUUCUGCUUUGCUCAUGGACACAGCAGGAUUCAUCAGGCUCUGGCGAUGAGACUCCGGCCACUCCUGGAAGUGAGGGACCUUCUCGCGAUGUAAUUUUGCACCUGACCACUGGAAGAAUUCAUAACAAAAAUGUGUCCACUCACCUCAUUGGCAGCAUAAGCAAAGGCUCAAAAGAAGAAUCAUCCAAAUGUGGGCUCUUUGCUCUUUGUACAUUAGAUGGAACUCUGAAAUUGAUGGACAGCUCAGAGCAGUUGUUAUGGUCAGUCCAGGUUGACCAUCAGCUAUUUGCCCUGCAGAAAUUAGAUGUCACUGGUGAUGGCAGAGAAGAAGUAGUCGCUUGUGCUUGGGAUGGUCAAACCUACAUUAUUGAUCAUAAUCGGACAGUGGUGCGGUUCCAGUUUGAUGAGAAUGUCAAUGCUUUUUGUGCAGGUCAGUACACAUGCAAGGACGGUAAAAACAGCCCCUGUCUAGUUUACGUCAGCUUCAAUCACAAAAUCUACAUUUACUGGAAAGUUGAACUUGAGCGAAUGGAGUCCACUAAUCUCCUGCGUGUCCUGGAAGAGAAACCUGAGUUCAAAAGUCACCUGAAGGCUCUGGGAGUUGAUGCUGAGGACUCAGCAGCAGUCAAAGCUUUGGUAGCAGAUCUGCUCUACAAGAAUGGCCAGGUGUAGGAGUUCAGAAUCGACCUCUGCAUACAAAAGACU